GUUUUGUUUUUUUUAAACCACACGUUGAGCUGAAGUCAUGGCUGCCAAAAUGGAGCUUGCUCCUCUCAGACCGUGGAAUGACUUCUUCCCCGGAGCGGACCGAUUCUCUAAACCAGAGUUCGGAGAUUUAACUAAAUGGAACAACAGAGUAAUCAGCAAUUUGAUGUACUACCAGACCAAUUAUUUUGUCGUGGCCUUGGUGGUUUUCCUUAUUGUGGGGUUCCUGAACCCCUUUGGCAUGUUUCUGGGCGGUGCUGUGGUCUCGCUGGUCUUCGCUGGUUCCGUGUGGGCCGGGGAAAACAAGGCUACAAUCAAGAACUUUAAGAGGAAGAACCCCACUCUGUUUGUCACCGUCGUCAUGGUCACCAGUUACUUUGUGCUGUCGCUGUGUGGAGGUGUCAUGGUCUUCGUCUUUGGGAUCACUUUUCCUUUGCUGUUGAUCCUGAUCCAUGCAUCUCUGAGACUGCGCAACAUGAAGAACAGGCUGGAGAACAAGAUUGAAGGCGUUGGGCUGAAGAAGACCCCUAUGGGCAUGCUAAUGGAUCUUCUCGACCAGCAGGAGGAGAAGAUUAACAAGAUUCAGGAUUUUAUUGAGAGUAAACUGAAGGAGUAAUGCUCAAGCCACCCGAGUGCCAAAGAGAGCAAGUGUAAUACAGAAGGGUUUGAAAUGGUUUCAGCAUUAUCCCAUGUGUCAACAUUUUUACAGCUUGCACAUGUAAAAUUACGGUUAUUUGCAUUCCCACUUUUUAUCCAUUUCAGUUUCAGUUGUCAUGUAUUUGUGUUAGCUUUCAUAAAGUGUACAGAUUAACAUUUGUGUUAGCAGGACGUUGAGAGUCAAUGUGCCCUACCUAAGGUUUGAUAUUCCAAAGUUCAAACAUGUCUCAAAUCAACUCAUUUUUGCUUUUGAUAUUUGGUUUGUUGUACAUUAUGACUAUGUAUUUCAGCAAAAUUAUGAUGAUCUCAGCAAAACAAGUAAAUAGAUGAUAAAAGUUGUUUAAAAAAAAAAACCUUAAUCUGUUUACUACCUCAGAAUGAGCGCAUUUGUCUUUCAAGUCAUUUAUUUAACCCAUAUUAAACCAAUUACAUAAGUCCUCGAAAGUGUACACACCCCUCAAAAAACAACAAAAAAACUGAUUUUUUGUAACCUAAGAAUUAUUCAAAAUACAUUUUAACCCUUUUCCAGUUUUCAUGUAACAAAUAUCAUGCAAAAUUCAACUGAAAAACAAAAGUUCAGAGGAAAAUAUAAGAAAAUAAAAGAAACCUGUAAUAUUAUGCUGGCAUAAGAGUGCACACCUUUAGCUUAAUACUUUCUUGACGUGUCCUUUAAUUAUAUUCUUGGGUACACACCUAAUAUUAGUCAUAGUAAAUGUGAUUGACCAGAAAUAAAGAUCAGCUGUCAUUUUUGGAUUUUUCUGUAAUUUGUUCAUUUGCAACCUAAAAAGUGAUCCAAAUUAUCUUCUUAAACAAAAGUAUAAUUUAGCAGAGGAAUACAAAAAGAAGUCCACAUUAUAACAUAUACCAAAGUAUAGUGGAGACAGUCAUAAAUAACUGCCAAAAUAGGGGUUGCAAAACACAAUCAUUUAAGCUUUGGACCCAGCUGAAUAACCCAUAGCCUUGUGGGAGAAUAUAUGGUAUGAGGAAACUAGCCUUCUGCUCGUGGUCUAACUGUUCAAAUCAAAAACUCUGGUAUCUUAACUGGAGUGUGUACACUUUUAAAAGCCACAGAUUAUACCCAAUGCCCACUUAAAUGCUGGUUGAAUGGUAAUCUUGUUUCUAGGAGCUGCAUAAAUACUGAUCUGAUACCAGUUUGUUGCUUUGUUAAAUAUGCUUUUAUUGCCUGACCAUUAAUACAGCGGUGUUUUUAUCUUUUAAAAGUUUAUGUGUACAGCUCCUGGCCAAACUGUCUGGCCUUAGUAUAUACCCUCUAAUUACAGCUAUGCAAUACUGAAAAACGAAUGGCCAAUGCAUCUUUAUUGUAUGCAUAUAAAGUCAGCAUAUAUAUAAGCCUGUUUAUUCCAGUGUAACUUUUCUUAAUAACUGCAGGCAGAAAUCUUAAAAUGGCAGCAAGGCCUGAGUGAACACGUUAUGACAGACGCCUUGUUCCUUUUUCACUAUUAGGUCAAAUUAAACCUUUCAUCUGUAACAUGUAUUUAUUAUAUGCUGCUUAUACUGACAAUUUGAUUUUUUUGCUGUUUACAAAUGCACAAUGACUGAAUGCUAUGCAUGCUAAGUUUACAGAUGUUCCAUAGGAGAGAUUUGGAUGUGUUAUAGAUGCUACAUACACACAAUGUAAAAAUUCUAAUCAACUUUUUCAUUGUUUUAAAAAAAGUAAUGAAAUUUAUUGGCACCUGAAAAUGAGACAUGUUUGUCUUCUGUAAAUUUAAUUUGCACAGUCAUGAUAUGAAUACAGAGAUUAAUAAACAGAUUUUGUUCUUG